AUGAACUUGACACCAGUCGAAAAUAUCACGACUAUAGACAAGUCCAAGCUUCUUGUUGAAUCUUCGGAAAUCAUAUCUAAAAUAGAAUCAACAUGGGCCAAAGACAAGCAAUUCCUUUAUAUGUUACCCAAGCAAAAAAGAAACAUUGGAGUUCAAACAUACCAUGCCAAUUCUCUAAAUGGAGUCCAUUGGAGUGCCAGGGUUUCAGACUUUAAGGAUUUUGAUUCUACAGCCAAAAGUCGAUAUUUCAAAUUGUUGCAGAAAUAUAUAUUGGGAUCGUUCACCAAUAACGAUCUUACGCAUACACACUACGAAAAGGAAUACAUACACGAACUCUACGACUACGAUAUCAACAAAUUUGAUACACCAGAUAAUGAGUCUGCAUCUUAUUUGGUUCAACUAUUCUACAAGUUCCAGUUCCCUUUGAAGAAACGAGUCUUCUAUGAGUAUGUGCAUGUAUUCAAGGAAGACAACUCGAAUGAUGCAUAUGUCGUGUCUUUGCCUAUACUGCCGAAACUCCUUGAGAAGUCUGAAUUUAACAAAGAAUAUGUGGUGGGAAGGUAUACUUCCAUCGAGAAGAUAUCUUAUGAUGCAGAAAGUAACGACUUGAAGUGGAUUAUGUGCACUUGCUCUACCCCAGGUGGUUCUAUCCCUGAUUGGUUGACUAAUAUGACAAUUAACGGAGCCAUAGCCAAAGACGUUCCUAGCUUCUUGAAUUGGGUUGACACGUUGGAAAAGUAA